AGUCCUGGCGGAAGCAGCCGGAAGCGGUGCCUGAAAAUCGGUAGCGGCGUGGGCUCCCGGAAAGAUGAUCCAGGCGAUUCUGGUGUUUAACAAUCAUGGGAAGCCACGGCUGGUCCGCUUCUACCAGCGUUUCCCAGAAGAGAUUCAACAGCAGAUUGUCCGGGAGACUUUCCACCUUGUCCUCAAGAGGGAUGACAACAUCUGUAACUUCCUAGAGGGGGGGAGUUUGAUUGGCGGUUCUGACUACAAGUUGAUUUACCGGCACUAUGCCACUUUGUAUUUUGUGUUUUGUGUGGAUUCUUCAGAAAGUGAACUGGGGAUCUUGGACCUCAUUCAGGUUUUUGUGGAGACACUAGACAAGUGUUUUGAAAAUGUCUGUGAGUUGGACUUGAUCUUCCACAUGGAUAAGGUUCAUUACAUCCUGCAAGAGGUGGUGAUGGGUGGUAUGGUACUAGAAACGAACAUGAAUGAAAUUGUGGCCCAGAUUGAAGCUCAAAACAAAUUGGAGAAAUCAGAGGGUGGCCUUUCAGCAGCCCCUGCUCGGGCUGUAUCUGCAGUGAAGAACAUUAAUCUCCCUGAGAUCCCUCGGAACAUCAAUAUUGGGGAUAUCAACAUCAAAGUUCCCAACCUCUCUCAGUUUGUCUGAGGACUUGAAGUAGCAUCAGUUGGAUCAAACAAAACUGAAUCUCUUUGAAAACCCAAGGCCAGGCUGAUCAUGGAUCUCAGCAAAAUUUGAGUCUUAGCAGCAUUAAGACCUGAGGCCUGGUCUCUUUUUGUUUGGGCAGACUCGUGGGUGUGGGAUUAGGGAAAAGUCAAUAUCAUAUCACAAUCUCUGUACACAUGUCCAACGUGAAGUUCUUCAUUGCCUGCAGGUACAACAUUCAUGUGGGCGAUGCAUAUCCCACUUAAGUAAAUCAGCUAGCUUCUCAAAUCUCUUGCCCCAUUUUUUUCCGCAUGCUGAAUCUCCCUGAGGGUAGUGGUUGUUUGAGUUAGUCCUCACAGAUUCUAGGGGCGCAGAUAUCUAGAGGGUCAUUAUUCUCAGUGCCAGAAGAUUCUUGUGGUUAUUACAUCUUUCUGCUAGGUGCCAAGGAUUGGCUCUUUAGAUUCAGGUUCAGGAAAGCUGGCUUUCUUCUGAAGUUUAUCAGAAAAUGAUAGGUGUGGGGGACUGAUUUUCAUAGAAGUCUGAAUCACCUGCUGGCUUGAUUAAGGUGAUUGUAGCCAAUAUUCUUCCAUAUAACCAUGCCUUUUUAUAUAGCAAAUAACAUUUCUUCCCCCAAGAAAAUAUCUUCUUUUCUGUCAAGAAUCCAAGAUCUGGGUUUUUUGGGUUUUUUUUUUGGUGUUUUAUGAAAAGUCCAUAGUGAGAAACAUGACAGCAGCUGCUUAUCCAUGGAUUGACAAUGGAUCUACAAACACCCAAAUUCUCAGCAGAUGAUAAAUCUAGUAAGCUCCCUACCUAAGGAAUGGCCCUGGCUGAUGGAGUAUUUUAAGAGCUGGGAGACUUACUUUUGUAGCAAUUGAUGUGAGAUAUUUGGAUUAUUUUAGGCUUAUAGUUCUAUUGUGGUCUUUUCUGAGGAAUCUUCCCUUGGCUUACCUUCAGUUGGGAGUUCUAAGUUCAGGACUGAAUGUUGCUUUUACCUCUUCUAUAUGAUAAACCCACUAUAGUUUCCAUUUGAAGACUAGGACAGGGACUGGUAGGAGUAAAGGAGCCGUGGGGGUGGGGCUCAAGGUGAGAAGUGGAGAUGCUCAAGGACUGCAGUGAGGAGUGUCAGCUGAAUCUCUGGUUGAGGAUAAUGAGUUUAAUGAGGCCCUUCCUGAAUUUCAAGACAGGAUGUGUCCCUUUCCUCUCCUCCAUGACUUGCAUAUCUUUUUUUAUGGUAAAUUUAUAGGUAAACUGCUCAUAGUAAUAUUCAGAUUCCUGUCCUCCCCACCUGCCUUUCCACUGGACCUGAUCAGAGACUGCAAAGCAGUUAUUUCAACAGUACACUGUGUUACCUGUAUGGUCAAAUGCUUCUUUUGAUUGUAAUAAGAAAUCUUUCAACCUAAGGGGAACCUCUGUUUUGUACAAAACUGUGUGCUGUCCUCUUCUCUUCUGGGGGAACUGAGCUGUUAUUUUGUUUCUUAAACUUCAUGGGAAGGUAAGUUUACUUGACUCAUAGGACCAUGGUUGAAGAAUGUUUUUGUCCAUAUUUGAAUUGUGCAACUCAUGACUCUUGGUCUUUUCACCCUACCACAUAUUUUUUUGAAAGAAAAUCACUGUCAUUUCACAUUACUUUCCCCAACCUCUCCCCAGAACUGUCCCUGGUAAUAAAUAGAUAUAAUUGUGCAAAACAAAUCAAUACA